UGUUUUCUGUUUUGUCAGAGUUGAAAAUCCGCCGAGGCGCCAUUUUCCCCCACCGUCUCUCCCUCUGACACAACAACAAUAUUAAAGAAAACACGGCGCACCGCAGGCAGAUCGAGCCCGAAAACCGCCGGAUCACCGCGGAGCCGCGCAGGGAGUCGGUUCAGGGAGUCGGAACAGCACCGGGCCGCGGGAUUAAACACCACAGCGCUGUUUCUGAGUCGCCUUUGUGCCUUUGUAUGAUUUCAGUCCCUUCGCCCAUUUCGUGAAUCCCAAACGGAGCGGAUUUACCGGACGAGCCGAUUAGGAUUUCUCUUUGUUUUACAUCGUCUCUUUGUUUCUGAGCACCAAGAGGAAUAUCCACAGCUCUCAUCUCUAACAGCUGGAUUAUACGUUUAUUAUUAAUAGCAGAAAUAUCUUUUUAAAAUACCCAAACUGGAGCGUAAUUGGUGAAAUCCACCCCCCCCCUUCUCGGAAUCACGUGCAGGUUGUCCUGUGGCGUGACGGUAGGUGGGUGGUGUGGCUCUGGCCUCGGCCCCCUUGCACCGCUGAAUGGCUGCGAUGGCGCCCGCGCUGACCGACACGCCGGCCGACACUCACCGAAUCCGCCUCAAACUGGCUCCGUCCUCCUCCGCUAUCAACCAGAGUGCCGUGGAGGAAAACGGCGCCACCGACCGUGUCCUCGCCCCAACGAACGGCACCGUCAAACGCAAAAACUCUGACAAAGAGGAUCAUCUGUCCUGCGCGGCCGGAAACUUCAGCAAAGACGAAUCGAGUCGCGAUUUGGGCAAAAUACAGGAGUUCGUCACCUCGUACCGCUGCUCGGACGAGACCCUGAAAUUGCAGAACGUCUUCGACAUCCUGCCCGGCAUCUUACAACGCAAGCACCACACCCUGGAGCUCUCAGAGGAGCAGCUGAAGAGCAUCAUGAGUGCGGGGAAUGCUAGCAGUCUGCCUUCUCUACAGCAGAGUGUCGGCGUUAACGGCGUGGCGAGGAAAUUUACAAAAACAAACAAAGACUCCAGCAGCGUCACCAUGAAUGGAGGCAAGUAUGGACAAGCAGCGCUACCACUUGCUCACGGCGGGUCAACAGGAAAUGGUCCUGCUAAAGAUUCCACGGAGCAGCACCAGUGCCCUAGAGGUGUCCCACGGGAUCGGCAGAACAACCAGGAUAUCCCAGAAUCUCCCGUGCCCUUUCGCUCGCCUUCACAAGAGCGGAACGGUUCGGACAGCUUAUCGGUGUUUAGUGCGGAAGUUUCCGUGGCUCCGCCUUCUGUGCUCAACUCACUGGAAAGCCUGGGAGGAGACCUGCACAGCCGUUCGCAGCAGGCCAAAAGCCGACAGAUGGAGAUCGAGGGUCGUCUGCGGCGCCUGCAUAAGCGGCUACAGGUGGUGCAGGCGAAGCAGGUGGAGCGUCACGUGCAGCAACAGCUCGGUGGAUUACUUUGCAGCACUCUGGGGCCUCAGGACUCCCGGGUCCAUCGGGAAAGAGCAGAACCCAGCCGGGUUCUGAGGGGCGAAUCUGUGCCGGCCGAGCUGGAGCGGCUCUCGCUGAGCUGCAGCACCAACCUGCGAGCGGCGGAAAACGCCUUUGAUUCGGACGCCACCGAGAGCAGCUCCGGAGGAGAAACAGACGUGGAAGAGGACGAGCUGGCCCGGGCGGACGUCGAGCAGCGGCACAUUUCACUGUGGAGGAGAGCUGAGGGUCAUUAUGCGCUGGAACGCUCCUCCAUCAUCAGUCACUGGAACUGGCUGCAGGCUCACGUCUCUGACCUGGAGUAUCGCAUCCGCCAACACACCGACAUCUACCGUCACAUCCGUACCAGCAAGGGUGGUGUGGUGCUGGGUGAGAGCUCGGUUUGUGAGACAGCAGCAGAGAACAGCAGCGGGUCGAGGACGGAGAGUCUCGCCUGUCCCUUGGUGCCCAAUGCCGACGGGACAAACGGCUCGGUGUCGGCCCUCGGUGUCUCCAUGGAGACGAACCUGAGGAAGAGUUACCCGUCUGUCCGACAUGUCAACGGAGUCAUAAACAGUCUGCGUUGCGGUCCUUCUGCCGUGUCCGAGGCGGAGCAGCAGAGGCUGAGUGUUGAAGACUCGAGCUGUGUAGCAGCACGAACCCGACCGCUUAUCUCCUGCAGGAAGAGACGCCUGAUCCGACCCUACACUCUGCCUCAACUCAACAACAAGGUGCAGACGGGCCAGUGGUGUGGCUGUGAUGUCAGUGGUCAGUGUGUGAUGUGCUGUAGUCGCCCUGCUGCUUUGUCACACACUCUGUUUCAGCGUCCCCUGCUGGACAGACUGGCUCAGCUCGACCCCUGCAUCCACCCCGUCCUCUCCUUCACUGACGACGUUGGAAUGGGUCUGCACUUUCAGCGUGUCAUGAAGUGUCACUGGCAGGGCCGGUCUCUGGACAAGAUCAAACCCAUCAAGAAGAUCGCACUCAAACACUCAAAGUUCUCACCGAGCACUCGUCUCAUCGAUCCUUCAUCAUCAUCCUCUUCCUGCUCCAAAGACAAGCUCAAGCUGACCAGCUCGCUUCUCUCUACUGACCGUUUGUCCCAUCACAGAAUGAGACAAGAGAAGCUGUAUCGACACCAGCAGAGUGACACUGAAUCUCGUCAGCUGUACAGAGCAGAGCGCAGUCACACUCGCAAGAGGGCCAGAGAACACUCAGUGGAGCGUGACAAUGUCAAUAAGUUUUAUAUGGAAGUGGCAAGCCCGAGUUCCUCUCUGACCACGCCCACUCUCAGCCCUAUAGUGAGACAGCUCUCGUCCUCUGAGAGUCCAACACCCUGCAGUCUCACCAGCACACCGCACCAAGCACAGCGUAAGAGGAGAGUGGAGAGUUCGUUUGACAUCAACAACAUCGUCAUCCCCAUGUCUGUGGCGGCGACGACCCGAGUGGAGAAACUGCAGUACAAAGAGAUCCUCACACCCAGUUGGAGGGUGGUGAACAUCAUGGCCAGUCACAUUUCUGAGGAGGAUGAUGCAGUAGAGAUUGAGGAUUUAUCAGAUGCGGCUUUCUCUCAGCUUCAUCUUCCGUAUGAAGAGCAUGAACAUUCUCGCUGGAGUUGGACUUCCAGUUCUGUUGCCAAGAGAAGGGGCAGCCGCUCGUAUAAGUCAGUGGAUGGCCGCAGCACUCCCCUGCUGGGUGGAACGAACCCCUCAACACCUCAGCCUUCGUCUCCAGACCCGUCUCACUUCCCACUGCUGCAGGACUACAGCUCAGCCCCUUCCCCCUCCCCCUCCAGCCCGGCCAGCCCUGAGCUGCUCACAUUCUCUCACACACACACUCACACACCAGCGUCCAGAGACUCCCAGCGGUUCCUGUCCAACGAGGACACGCGCUGCUCCACACCAGACACCAGCUACGACGAGACGCCUGUGCAGCCGUGGGAGCACAGAACGUUCCCCCUGGACGUGGAUCCGGUGCAGGAUCACGAUCAUCACAUGAGUCCAGGCAGCAAUCGAACCGCACGACGGAUUUCGGGCUGCAGGAGCGGCUCCAGGUCCGAGUGCGAGGGCGAGCCUCCAUCACCGCUGCCUGAGGACACGAGCCGGCACAGGAACAACUCACUCAGACACACACACUGCUGAAACCUUCUGUACAGACUCGUCUCUCUCUUUCUCACACACACACACACACACACACACACACACACACACACACACCCCUCUCCAGCUCCAGAGCAGAUUAAACCUCCUGCUGUUUGAUAUUCAAACAUCGCUUAAAUCUUUCACAGUUUUCAGUGAAUUUGUUAAGUUGAAGAUUGGAUCCCAGUAGAGACGACUUCCUUUUUGUUUGUUUGUUCUUUUGUUUUUGUUUUGUUGUUUUUGGGUCACUGGUAAUCAAAAGGUGGUGGCCGAUAAGAGGCGGAAAGCAGGAAACCGGAGUCUCGGUGGUGUCCUAAAUCGCUCAUGUGCACUUGAUUUGCAUCGGAACGGACUGAAGCGAUCGACAGCUAGCGGGUUGACCUCAAGCUCCCUAUUAUACUGAUUUAGGUACAACCCAAAUACGCACAUAAACGCCUGACUAUCAGGCAUGUUGUUAUUAUUAUAAUUAUUAUUAUUAUUCAUUUAUUAUUUCUUUCAGCACUUCUCUCUGUUCAUUCUCAGUGUCUUUAAUAUUCGGGGCCAGCUUUAACUAAACUCUAGGAUUAAUCAGCUUUGUGUGGUUGAUCGCUGGAGGAUUAGCAGCAGGUCGAGCAUUUACUCUAAGUUCAUAUACAUGUAGGAUGAGUUGCGUGGGAAGUUUUUUUAUUAUUAAAAAAAAAAAAAAGAAAAGUAAAAAAAAACCCCCAUGAUCACGCAUCAGCGCUCCGAGGUGUUUCAUUUGUAUUUCUGCCGUAACUUGUACGUGCAAUUUCCCCACCUGAGAACGAAUCGAUCGCAGCACUUAAUCCCAGGCGCUUUUUUUUAAACCCUGCUGCCUGAAUGCUUGAAAUAAGUAGCGCAGGAGGACGUUUAUGGGCUCGAGCGUUCUUCUAAUCUGUAUUUGCACUCUGAUGCUCAGCACUCUUCUGCUCUCUGUCCAUCAUUCCAUCGCAGCGACGCGCUCGUGCGGCACUUAUAUAUUAACCCUUACAUUAUAUUCUACACAGUGAAGCAGGAUUUACGAUUACAGGAUAGUUUCACCAAUAAAGAGAGAAAAAAUUACAACCCUACUACAAAAACUGCACCUUUUUCUCCUUUAAUCUCCAUCAGAUUGAUCGAUGUUGUGGCUCUUCAUCACGACUCCUCUAUGGUUCUUUUUGUUGUAACUUUGAAUCUCUGUGAUCGGCUCACGACGUUUGUGUUCGUCUGAAACGUCUCACGUUUAAGGGGCGUGGCCAAGCGAGGGACCCCACCCACCUAAGAGACUAGGGGCGGGGCUAAAACUCUAAAAGCGCACAAAAUGUCGAUCUGUAUAAACCUACAGGUGUCGCGCUCCUGUGGCGAGAUACAGAUGUAUAGUUUGUUAAAAAGAUUUGAUUAUGCGAAAUAAAAAAUGUGCAAUUUUUCUUUUUUUUUUUUACGUAUUCAUGUACAAUCUAUUCAGAAAAGGAAAUGACAUCGAUGUAAUUAGUUCUAAAUCCUCACUGUCAGAGAUUUGAGAUUUUAGCUUUUUUUGCUAAUUAGCACACAGAGCCACAACCUUGUUAAUGUUCCUCAUCCUGAAGCUUCACUACGUCUCAUUUCGCCUCUGGGCCCACAAGCUUUCUGUGUUACUCGGAUACGAUCGCCUUCGCACCUCGUACCGUCGCAUUUCUCACUUUCUUGUUAAUUUCUGCUUUUCCAUCCACUGGACUGUCUGUAAUUCCGGUUGUUUCACCACGAGAGUGUUUUACACUCGCAUCUGUCUUUGCGUUAUUAUAUGCCCUUGUUAACCAGCAGGUUUUUCCAUUACGCGUGCACGCGUGUGUGUAUAUGAGAGAGAGAGAGAGAGAGAGAGAUCGAACACCAUGAAUAAAGAAUAUUAGCUACUGCUCUGUUUUCUCCGUUCUCUUCCCCUGAGUAAUAAACACACCUCCCUGAAGGCGAUGGUCCACUGACCUGUUCGUUGGUUCCAUGUGAUUAGCGUUGAGGAGCCGGUGUCUUCAUGUGCGAGAUAUUUUCCUACACUCAGUUUCCACCAUGGUGAAUUUGACUGGAGUUUGGGGGGAGGGAGGGAUUGGGUGGGAGGAGUCUGGUGUAUCAUUUAGCAUGUAAUAGUUUGUAUUAUAAAUAAAAGAAGAGUAUAUUUUGUAAAUACAUUAUUUGAUUCUUUACCGUGUUUGAUUUUUUGAGGCUGUCUGUAGCUGUCUUGAUUGUAUAGCGAGAAGACGCAUACAAAAAAAAAAUAUUUAACAACUUUCUUUACGGAAAUAAAGGUGUAUGGAUAAUUGGCCAAUCUGACAGCGUUUGUGCUUCUCAAAAUUAAAAGUGAAUUAUAUUGUA